UGAAUUCAAUCAAUAAAUCAAUAUUAUUACAAAUAACUGUAAUUAAUACCAUAUACCAGUUCAUGUUUUAUCUACAGAAGCUCGUCGAUUCGAUCCGGACUUCAAUGCAAAAAAGUGAAUUUCUCAAGUAGUGUCUAAAUUAUCAUUUAGAGCGUGAUAAACAUUUUUAAGCCACGAUUUUAUUCACGCAAGUUUGUAAAUGUUGAAGCCUAAAUUUACGCCAAGUCUGACGAAAUCUGUUGAUGAGGCGACGACAACUAUGAGGCACGCUUGCACACAUUGACGGUUCGGUUACAUUAAAAAGAAAACUUAAUUCCUUCGAAGUGAUGCCACUAUUUGGCAAGAAGGACUCCGGCAAGAAGGCCAAGUCAAAGGAUAUGAAGGAGUUAAACAAGCAAGUGUCAAUUGAGGAGAAGUACAAUCUUCAUGGUCUUUUGGGGACCGGCGCGUUUUCCGAAGUGCGGUUGGCAGAGAGCAAGGAUACUCCUGGCGAUCAUUUUGCUGUUAAAAUAAUCGACAAGAAAGCCCUCAAAGGAAAGGAAGAAUCUCUGGAAAAUGAAAUUCGUGUUCUGAGAAGGUUCAGUGCAAAUCAUUUCGAUGCCAACUGUCCGAAUGGAACGCGAUUAACUCAUCCCAACAUUGUGCAACUUCUGGAAACGUAUGAGGACAAGUCGAAGGUCUACCUAGUAAUGGAGUUGGUGACUGGCGGUGAGCUCUUUGAUCGCAUUGUGGAAAAAGGUUCGUAUACGGAAAAGGAUGCCUCUCAUCUUAUACGACAGAUUCUAGAGGCAGUAGAUUAUAUGCAUGAACAGGGAGUUGUGCAUCGAGAUCUUAAGCCGGAAAACUUGCUUUACUACAGUCCUGAAGACGACAGCAAAAUAAUGAUUAGCGAUUUUGGUCUAUCAAAAAUGGAGGACUCUGGCAUUAUGGCUACAGCAUGUGGAACCCCAGGCUAUGUUGCCCCCGAGGUCCUGGCCCAAAAGCCAUAUGGAAAAGCCGUUGACGUAUGGAGUAUUGGAGUAAUAUCAUACAUUCUCUUGUGUGGCUAUCCCCCAUUUUAUGAUGAAAAUGAUGCAAAUCUUUUUGCUCAAAUAUUAAAAGGUGAAUUUGAAUUCGAUUCCCCUUACUGGGACGAGAUAAGCGAGUCGGCCAAACAGUUUAUUAAAAACUUAAUGUGCGUCACCGUCGAAAAGCGAUUUACUUGCAAGCAAGCAUUGGCUCAUCCUUGGAUCUCUGGAAAUGAGGCCAGUAGCAAGAACAUUCACGGAACUGUUUCUGAGCAACUAAAGAAGAACUUUGCUAAGUCACGUUGGAAGCAAGCGUACUAUGCGGCAACAGUGAUCCGACAAAUGCAGCGAAUGGCACUUAGCAGCAAUAGCAGUGCAUCAGCUGAUGCCACUAAUAAUGACGGUAGGCGAAAGGACCCAUCAAAUCCAAAAGCAGCCACUGUGUCGUCUGUGUCAACCGACGAGUCAGCAUCGCAAUCAACACAUUGUAAUAUAACAGGCUCUAAUGAGCCACCACCACAGGCAAAAAGCCAGCCAGGCCAGGACAUAAACAAUCACCAAAGAACAAGUCAACCGAAUUAAGAUUCAAGAUUAAAGCCAGGCCAACAUAUGCUUAUAUUUCAUUGCACAACCAUUACUGUCGUCUUAUGCAUUGCAAUGCGACAGAUUAACACAUUAAUAUUAGGCCAUACAAAUUAUGUCACACACAUAAGUGUGGAAUGGAUAGUUAAAUUGUUUUUUUACCGCGAUAAAUGAUGGGGUAUUUCGAUUGUAUUAGUUUAAACAUCGGCUACUGAGAAACCAAAUAAGAAUAACACGUUGAUUUUGGCCAAGGAUCACAUUUAACCCAACCGUUAUAAACUGUAAUCAGCUAUUACUUAUACAAUGUACAUACAUAUGUACGUGCAUAUGUAUGAUGUAUGCAUGUCUCCUAUACUGGCUAUAUGAACAUGUUUAGAAUGAAAUAAAGCACUUAUUGAUAUCAAUCAUUUUGUAAUACAUAUUUCUCUCUGUAUAACAAGCUAAGCUGUAGCUAGUAUUGAGUGCAAUCUAAAUAAAUAAGCUUAAUUUUAUAAUAUUUCAAUGUUUCAUGAAAAAUGCCUGCAUUGCAUGAUUUUACUCUCAUGUGUGUGGUGAAAAUGAUAUUGCUUUAAUGGAGGUAGUCCCCUCAUACUAAAUAUAUACAAUAGUACAUACAUAUGUACAUAUGUAUGUAUGCAUAAUAAAGAUCCGGUAUAGAGAAGACUUGUCUUCUUUUCCAAAGACUCUAAAUCAAUCAAUGCCAUAGCAAAUGAAAAUAUCACUAUGUUUGAAAAGUAAUUAUUAAUACUUGAGAUAUUCGAUGUUGUUGAAAAUAUUUUAGCGAUACAUAUAUACAUACAUACAUGCGUUUUCAUAUGUAAACAUACACUUAACGACGAUUAAAUGUUCUCUAGCACAGAAGGCAGACUUAAAAGCCUCCUUCAUAUUUUUACAUCUA